AUGGCUGAGAGAGCUUAUUUUGGUGUUGCUGAGUCACACGGAAGUAGAAAUCUGGGUAGUCUUUUUGGUGGAUACAGUUUUUCUGAUUGGCUUGAUGAAUUUGAGGCUGAAAGUGUAUACAUUCAAGAUGAUUUGAAUGUUGAAAAUGAGGUGAAUGUUGAAGAUGAAGUGAAUGUCGACGAUGGAGUGAAUGUCAACGAUGGAGCAAAUGUGGAUGGAGGAGUUUCUUUGAGUAAUGGUAGUUUGGAGCCAUACAUUGGUAUGGAAUUUGAGGAUGUGGAAGACGCCCAAACAUUUUACAAAGCAUAUGCAAAACGAAAAGGUUUUGCAAUCCGGACGAAUCAUACUCGGUUGUCGAAGGAUGAUAAAACUCUUUGUGCAGUAGACUAUGUUUGCACAAGGGCAGGAUUCCGACAAGUUAGUCGAAAAGAAAAAGAUCGAAUACUCAUUGAAUCUGCCGAGACAAAGAUUAGAUGUAAAGCAAUAAUGAGAAUAAAAGAGAAAAAGUGGAUAGUCAACAAGUUUGUGGUUGGACAUAAUCAUAUUUUACUCACACCGAGAAGUACCAGCUUGCUUCGUGGACACAGGGGAGUUACUAAAGUUAAAAAAAAAACUGAUUAUGACAUUGAAUGA